AAAGCUGGCACGAAUCCAUUUGGUAACACCAAAAAUGAUCGAGAAACAAAAAGAAUCUCACACUAAAGCUGGAAACAAUUCGAGAUGACUGGCCACGGAAUACUUCUGGUAAUUGUGGUGGUUUGUCCACUCAUUAAUGCAGAAAUUAACACCACACAAUCGGAAUCCACAACUUCUGACAUCAGUCCUGCAUCUACAAUAUCAGGAAAUGUUACUCUGAGAAAUGAAGUAGCGAAAAUCGAGAAACGCAGUUCAUUCUUAGUCGAGCCACAGCAGUACGAAUUCGCAUAUCUACGACAUAGGAAGAAAUGCCACAGAGUGACAUACAUUAAUCCAAUUGAUGUACAAAAGAUUUUGGGUUUUUGGUAUGCCUAUGCUACGACACCAAUGGAACAUCCCUUGUUUCGGCUGGAAUGCAGCGCCUACGAUGCCUCUGAUUACAAUUUCACCAAUCGCAUCGUGACUACGGACUAUAUUAAUUAUGCCAUUUUGUAUUACUGCAUUUACAAUGCACAAACAAGGAGAUUUGAUAUUACCAUACGAAUUCUCACACGCAAUACAUCACCAACGAAGUUAACCUUUCGGACUUUAAGGCAAGUUCUGAAGAGGUUUCGUAUCGAUAUAAAAACCGUUGUGUGGCUAAAGCACAAAGCCUACUGCUUUGAGUGGUUCAUAAGGUCGAACCACGAUAGAAGAAGGCACUACCGAUAUUUGGCACCAUACAAUCGAUGGAAUGAUCAUUGAUAAUUACGAUAACGAUGUCGAUGACAGCAUGAAUUAAUUGCAUAACUGUCGCUAAUUGUUACAGCAUAAUAAAUGGGCGGAAUGUAUCGGGA